AGUUUUGUUCAUAUUUGUUAAAUUUUAGACAUUUUCACAUAUUUGUAGUAAAUGCUGGGUUACUUCCUCACCCAAGUGAGAAGUGGCAGAGAAGGUACUGACUACUUACUAGUCCCUUAUUGGGAAUGGAUGUGCAAUGAAGGGAAUGGAUGUGCAAUGAAGGGAAUGGAUGAGCAAUGAAGGGAAUGGGUAACAUACAGCCAGUGGAGUUUUUUUCAGUUGUGUGUGAGCAAUUUCUUUUCUUGACUUGGUGGAUUUCUGCCUACUAUUUGUUUAGACUUCAUAUCCAUUGGGAGUGUUUUUAUUUCUGCCUUAAAGAAUGGGUCUCUGGCAAGAAAAUUGGUAUAGUUCUACUAUUGUCUAAGAUAGGAAAGGCUUUCUAUAAUACCUCUGAUUAUGGCCUUUUCCCUGACAUCUUUUGGGGAUGGGCACUAAGAAAGAGAGGGCUUCUUUGUUUUGCUCAUAUGAUGAUAGAUUUUGACUCAUGACAUAUUCCUUUUAAUCACUUGUGAUCAUGACCCCCAUCUAAUUAGCCCUUUGCUAUUCUGACAGUUUUUACUAUUAUUAUUCAAACACUAAGACUACUAUCUCUAAAGAAGUGUGAGUUGUUUUUUAGUUGAAAUAUCCACAGAAACAUAGGAAUCAGUCAAUACUAAAUUGACUAUUUUGUUCUUAUUUCUAUCAGCAGGCCAAAGGGUACCAAAGAUAAAAAUUGCUUAUUCAAAUUUCAAAGUCUCAAUUCGUAUUUAGAGAUAAGCUUGCACCUGUGUUUAUAAAACCUUUGGAUUCCUUGCUUUCAAUUGCAUUUACACAAAGCCCAUCAAUGGAUCUCUUCAUUGUCCUGGUGAUUUGUCUCUCUUGUUUGAUUCUUUUUUCUCUGUGGAAUGCAAGCUAUGGCAAAGGAAAACUGCCACCUGGCCCCAUUCCUCUCCCAAUUGUUGGAAAUAUUCUACAGUUAAAUACGAAGAACAUCAGCAAAUCCUUAAGCAUGCUAGGAAAAGAUUAUGGCCCUGUGUUCACUGUGUAUUUUGGGAUGAAGCCCACCGUGGUUUUGUAUGGAUACAAAGCUGUGAAGGAAGCCCUGAUUGAUCGGGGAGAAGAAUUUUCUGACAGAGGAAGUUUUCCAGUGUUAGAAAAAAUUACCCAAGGAUUAGGCAUUGUUUUCAGCAAUGGAAAAAAGUGGAAGCACACCCGGUGUUUCUCCCUCAUGGUUUUGCGGAAUAUGGGGAUGGGGAAGAAAACUAUUGAAGACCGAAUUCAAGAGGAAGCCUUGUAUCUGGUGGAACUGUUAAGAAAAACCAAUGCAUCUCCCUGUGAUCCCACUUCCAUUCUGUCCUGUGUUCCCUGCAAUGUGAUCUGCUUUGUCAUUUUCCAGACUCGUUUUGACCAUAGUGAUCAGAAAUUUCAAAACUUUAUUAAAUAUUUUCAUGAAAACUGUGAAAUUCUAAGCACCCCUUGGAUACAGCUAUACAAUGCUUUCCCUCUAUUACAUUAUCUCCCAGGAUGUCAUAAAGAUUUCUUUAAAAACUUUGCUCACCAGAAAGAGUUUAUUUUGGGGAAAAUAAAAGAGCAUCAAGAAACUCUGGACAUUAAUAACCCCCGGGACUUUAUUGAUUACUUCCUGAUUAAAAUGGAGAAGGAAAAGCAUAAUAAAGAGUCUGAAUUUACCAUGGAGAACUUGGUCAUUACGAUAUUGGAUCUGUUUGGUGCAGGAACAGACACAAUGAGCACCACAAUGAGAUACGGCCUCUUGCUCCUGCUUAAGCACCCUGAGAUCGCAGCUAAAGUCCAGAAAGAGAUUCACCAUGUGAUUGGCAGACAUCGGAGCCCUUGCAUGCAGGACAGGAGCUGCAUGCCCUACACGGAUGCCGUGGUGCAUGAGAUCCAGAGAUACAUUGACCUUAUCCCCACCAUCUUGCCACAUGCGGUGACCCAGGACAUGCAGUUUAGAGAGUUCUUAAUUCCAAAGGGCACAAACAUAUUAAUACAUCUGUCUUCUGUCCUGCAUGAUGAGAAAGAGUUUCCCAACCCAGAGCGGUUUGACCCUGGCCACUUUCUGGAUGAAAGUGGCAACUUUAAGAAGAGUGACUACUUCAUGCCUUUUUCAGCAGGAAAAAGAAUUUGUGCUGGAGAGAGUCUGGCCCGCAUGGAGCUGUUUUUAAUCCUGACCAGCAUUUUACAGAAUUUUACCUUGAAACCUCUGGUUGAUCCAAAGGACAUUGACGUCACCCCAAUUUCCAAUGGGUUAAGCUCUAUACCCCCCUUCUAUGAGCUCUGUUUCAUUCCUGUCUGAAGUGCAGGCUACCAGACUUCAGUGCAAGACUGUCCACCUGCAUCUGAACAAACCUGUUUCCUGACCUAUGUAUCAACCAUGACUUACCCUUUUCUUAACGGAAGGAAUGUUAUCUGUGAGCCUUGCCUCUUCUAAUUUUUGCUAUCCUUCAAGAUCUGGUUCAAAUUUGCAUGAUGGAAUGUUCAGUGUUUUGUAAUUCAGUGUACACUAUAAACUACAUCCUAUUUGCAGUGUAUACCAAAUGGAAAGCACACUAACCAUGUUAUAUUUUGCUUUCCUACAAAUUGAAUCAGAAAUUUUCCUGAGAUUUUUAAAAUGUUGAAAAUACAAUAAGUAGGUGGCACCCAUAGCUCAGUUGGCAGGGCACCCACUGGCCACAUACACCUAGAG